GCCGCUCCGAGGCUCCCGCCGCGCUCUCCGGCCGGUUCUCCGCGUCUCCGCUGCUGUGCGUGGUCCUGCUUCCGAUCGAGAUGCCCGUCUGGGGAGGUGGCAACAAGUGCGGGGCCUGUGGGAGGACCGUGUACCACGCUGAGGAGGUGCAGUGCGACGGCCGGAGCUUCCACCGCUGCUGCUUCCUGUGCAUGGUUUGCAGGAAAAACUUAGACAGUACGACAGUGGCAAUUCACGACGAGGAGAUCUACUGCAAGUCCUGCUAUGGGAAGAAGUACGGGCCAAAAGGCUACGGGUACGGCCAGGGCGCUGGCACGCUCAACAUGGACCGGGGUGAGAGGCUGGGCAUCAAGCCCGAGAGUGUUCAGCCUCACAGGCCUACGACAAAUCCAAACACUUCGAAAUUUGCUCAGAAAUACGGAGGUGCUGAGAAGUGUCCCAGAUGCGGGGACUCUGUGUACGCUGCUGAGAAGAUCAUUGGUGCCGGAAAGCCCUGGCACAAAAACUGUUUCCGAUGUGCUAAGUGUGGCAAGAGUCUUGAAUCAACAACUCUGACCGAGAAAGAAGGUGAAAUCUAUUGUAAAGGGUGCUAUGCGAAGAACUUCGGGCCCAAGGGAUUCGGCUACGGCCAAGGGGCAGGAGCCCUUGUUCAUGCUCAGUAGAGGUGCAGACCCAGAACCAAGAUCACACCGAGGGUCCCUACACAAUCUCGCACAGAUCAUCUAACACUAAACCACUGUGAGAUCCCGCCAGCACUCAAGCACUGUACGUUGCCCUGGGCUUGGAUAGUCCAGCUGACCAGUAGGAAGAGAGCACUAUUGCUUUUUGCUUUAUUCAUCAGCAUUUCAAGGACCAUUUCUUUUACAUUUUAAAAUAAAACUUAAGCUCGA